AUGCUCCUUGCCUUGCUGCGUACGCUGCGCCAAAAGCUGGGGCUUGGAGAGAUCUACAAUGCACUUAUUAAAGCGUUCAUAGAUUCAACAGAAGCUGGGAGGAUUCCUGACUUCAUUCUACGCUUUGGAAUUCGCUAUCUCUUAAGCAUACGUGUCGAGGAGGUUCCCAAAGACCUGGAUGCGCGAUUGCGACAGACGAUUGCGUUUGUCGAGGAGCUGAAAAAGAUGCCAAUUGCGAUUAACACAGCGGAAGCGAACGAGCAGCAUUACGAGAUCCCCACUCCGUACUACCUGCUGUGCCUGGGAAGCCACCUCAAGUACAGCAGCUGUCUGUACCGCACGCCUAAGGACGCCCUGAACCAGGCCGAGUACAAUAUGCUAGAUUUGUACUGCGAGCGAGCGCAGCUGGCUCCUGGUCAGCGGGUAUUGGAGCUGGGCUGCGGCUGGGGAUCCUUUUCUCUCUUUGCGGCGGCCCGCUACCCGGCAUCCACCUUUGUGGCGGUGUCCAACUCGGCCACUCAGAAGGCGUUCAUCGAUGAGGAGGCCCGGAAGCGGGAGAUCAACAACCUCACGGUGAUAACGGCCAACAUGGUGGACUUUGAGGCACCGGGGGAUCCGUUUGACCGGGUGGUUUCGAUUGAAAUGUUUGAGCACAUGAAGAAUUACAAGCUGCUGCUGAACAAGGUAUCGCGGUGGAUGAAAGCCGGCGGCAAGCUCUUCGUGCACAUUUUCGUACAUCGGUCCACCCCCUACCACUUCGAGGUCAAGUCGGAGGAGGACUGGAUGAGCAAGUACUUUUUCACUGGCGGCACCAUGCCCUCCCUGGACCUGCUGCUCUACUUCCAAGAUGACCUCCGCAUCCGCAACCAGUGGUAUGUCAACGGACAGCACUACUCGCGCACUCUGGAAGACUGGCUGGUACGACAUGACCGGCACCGCAGCUCGGUGCUGACCAUCCUGGACGGUGCCUACAAGGGAAGUAAGGACUCCGCGUCAGUCUGGUACCACCGCUGGCGCAUCUUUUACAUGGCCUGCAGCGAGCUGUUCAACUACAACGGCGGCCAGGAGUGGGGCGUCGGGCAUUACUUGUUCGAGAAACCCUAG